GGGCCAUGGCGGGCUGCUGCGCGGCGCUGGCCGCCUUCCUGUUUGAGUACGACACGCCGCGCAUCGUGCUCAUACGCAGCCGUAAAGUGGGGCUCAUGAACCGGGCCGUGCAGCUGCUCAUCCUGGUCUACGUCAUCGGGUGGGUGUUUGUUUGGGAAAAGGGAUACCAGGAAACGGACUCAGUGGUCAGCUCAGUUACUACCAAAGCCAAGGGCGUGACUGUGACCAACACUUCUACGCUUGGAUUCCGGAUCUGGGAUGUGGCCGAUUAUGUGAUUCCGCCUCAGGAGGAAAACUCCCUCUUCGUCAUGACCAACAUGAUCAUCACCAUGAACCAGACCCAGGGCCUCUGUCCUGAGAUUCCAGAUAGGACCACUGUGUGUAAGUCAGAUGCUGACUGUGUUGCUGGCUCCACAAGCACCCACAGCAGCGGAGUCGCAACAGGAGGAUGCGUGCCGUUCAAUGAGACUGUGAAGACGUGCGAGGUGGCAGCCUGGUGCCCGGUGGAGUAUGAUGCACACGUGCCAAAACCUGCCCUUUUAAAGGCUGCAGAAAACUUCACUCUUUUGGUUAAGAACAACAUCUGGUAUCCCAAAUUUAAUUUCAGCAAGAGGAAUAUUCUUCCCAACAUCACCACAGCCCACCUCAAAUCAUGCAUUUAUGAUGCCAUAACAGAUCCUUUCUGCCCCAUUUUCCGUCUUGGCAAAAUAGUGGCGCAUGCAGGGCACAGCUUCCAGGACAUGGCUGUCGAGGGAGGCAUCAUGGGCAUCCAGAUCAAGUGGAACUGCAACCUGGACAGAGCCGCCUCCCUCUGCUUGCCCAGGUACUCCUUCCGCCGCCUGGACACCCGGGACGUGGACCACAACGUGUCCCCCGGCUACAACUUCAGGUUUGCCAAGUACUACAACGACCUGACGGGCACAGAGCACCGCACACUCAUCAAGGCCUACGGCAUCCGCUUCGACAUCAUCGUGUUUGGAAAGGCGGGGAAAUUUGACAUCAUCCCUACCAUGAUCAACAUUGGCUCCGGCUUGGCGCUCUUAGGGGUGGCAACAGUGCUGUGUGACAUCAUAGUCCUCUACUGCAUGAAGAAAAGAUACUACUAUCGGGAGAAGAAAUAUAAAUAUGUGGCAGAUUAUGAUCAGGGUCUUAGCAGUGAGACAGACCAAUGAUGCCUACCUCACACCUGGGCUCCCCAAAGCCCUCAUCAAAGCACAGCAAGGAGGGAGAAAAGGCUGCCAUGUCACCCCAGAGAAAGCUCCAGGUUCUGAGUCAGUCUCCACUCCAUUAAGUACUUCAGAGUUGCCCAGCUGCUCCUGUGUUUUGUGUGUAGGGUUUGCAUAGUAAACCACGCUGCACAGUGGGUUACCCUCUGUUCUUAGCUGGGUCACCUCUGCUGUUCCUUCAUCUUGGGGUCAUUGGGGCAAGGUCUGUCCCAAGGGCACUGACACUGCUGUGACUUACAGGCCUGGGGCCUUCUCCAGGACUGGCUUUCCUCAGAAGCUCCCAUCUCCAGCCCCCUUUGAGACAGGUCCAGUCCUCUGGGGCCCAGCAGCUCUGUUCAAGCACCUUAUGAGGAAAGGAAGGACACCUGGGUGUGGUCGCUAGACCUUUAGCAUGCCCGGGUGGCUGUUCCUCUUCCCCCACCACAGACUUCAUCCGUCCCCGCAAUCGUGAGGCAGAGUUAGUGUUUCUCCUUCGAGAAGAGCUACGUUGAGAUGAUUGAGGACCAAACAUUAAAACAAAUGAUUUUUUUAA